GUUACAGAAGUUCCUGCGUUUCUCUGCAUUGGGAAAGCACCUAAUGAUGUUAGAGUCCUGUGCAGCCAUAAAGGGAGUACAACAGAGGACUCAGCACUCAGCCCUGUGGCGCGCCUGUGUUAAGGGCGAGGGAUGGCCACCCACUCGGACCACCUGGGGCCGGCCUGUCAAGAAGUUCAAAACCCAGCUGCACUGUCAAGUCUUUUUUAAUGGUGGGCUUUAUCACACACCUCUUCUUCUUCUGCUCCCGUUAGGGGUUGCCACAGCGGAUCAUCUGCCUGCAUAUGGAUUUGGCAAAUUUUUAAACUGGAUGCCCUUCCUGACGUAACCCUCCACUAUUAGAAGCUUAUUUCCCAGGGUAAUGUCUACAGCACUCCAUGCUAGAGAGACAAGACAAGACCCCGGGUGUAAAAGGUAUCAUAUUUUUGCGUUCUACACUACAACAUUGACUUUUGAAGCUGAAGAUGUUCUGUAGACAGAGGUAAUGUGUUGACCACAAUUUUGCUUCACACCUUGCAUUCAGGAGGGCCACCUGACGUGUUCUGCAGGGGGUGUGAAGAGAACAUCACGACCUCCUCGCCUGCAGUUGCAUGGCUCUCGCCUGGCAAAUACGACACGGUGGCUGGAUGUGCACCAGAUCUGGUGGUCCGAGAAUGUGGACUCUUUUUCUCCAGCUUCUUGCCCUCAUCUUCAUCACACAAGCUAAUGCAGGCUCUUCCAGCGCUAGGAUUAUCAAUGGGAAGGAAGUGAAGCCCCACUCGAGACCCUACAUGGCCUCCCUGCAGGUUAAUGGACAGCAUCACUGUGGAGGAUUCCUGGUGGACAAGUACUUUGUGAUGACGGCGGCACACUGCAGAGACAGAGACGAGCCCCUCGCUGUUGUGCUGGGGGCUCACAGCCUGAAGGAAAGUAGGAACCUGUCGCCUUUCUUUGUCGAGUGCUACCACAUCCACCCAAAAUACAGCAAGACGACAAAAUCCAACGACAUCAUGCUGCUGAAGCUCAUGAAGCCAGCCCUGCCCCUCCCACACGUCAAGCCAAUCAAACUGCCCAAAGCCAACCGUGUGGUGAAGCCCGAAAGCGAGUGUGAGGUCUGUGGCUGGGGUGUCACCUCGGGCAACCAUAAGAUGUCCGACAAGCUACAAGCGGCCAACGUGACCGUGAUGGACGAAAAGUACUGCAGAAAGGACUGGCCAGUCCAGGCGUCCACCUCUCUCUGCACCAGAGGCAGGAAAGGAGAUGGAGGCUUCUGUGAGGGUGAUUCCGGUGGGCCCCUAGUGUGCGGCCAGGAAGCAGUGGGGAUCGUGUCUUUACGCGGCGGCCCAGCCUGUGACAAACCCACCGUCCCAAACCUGUACAUCAAGAUCGUCGGAUAUCUGAAGUGGAUCAAGAAGGUCAUGAAAAGCUUGAAGCGAAGAAAGACAACUGGAGAUUAUGUCAGCCAAAGUGCCCGCCAUUGCCCAGAUGUGCCUUCCGUCCUGGCUACUGAAGUGCGGUGGCUGCGGCUCGCCGCCUUAGUGGCUUUUGACACAGCAAAUUUGCCUUCCGAAAAGCAGCGUCACAGUGACGUAACACACGCUCAUUUUUAUGUGAGCGACCCUCGAGCUCAGCUCUUUGCACCAGUCUGCAUCAGCGUCAUGGACCUCAAGAUUGCUUGUCCUCUGCUCAUCACCCUUCUUCUCGGCUCCACGGGAUUAGCAGUGUCCUUUAGGCUGGGGAUCUCAGAUGGAGACGUCGCUCAAAACCAAGAUCUGCAGUUCAUGGUCUCUGUGCAAGAAGGUGGGAAGCAUCACUGCGGUGGAUUUCUUAUAAGCAACCGUUUUGUGGUGACAGCAGGCCACUGCAAGUUCAGGAAUUGCUCCAUUGUUUAUAGCACUCAUAAUCUACGUCAAGUGAAACAAUGGCAGAGGAUCCAAGUGCAGAAGAUGUUUAGGCAUGAAAAUUACACAGAUAAGCCCCUACAGAACGACAUCAUGCUCCUGAAGCUUGCAAAGCCUGUUAAACCGAACAAAGGUGUGAAAGUAGCUCAUCUGCCGAAGAAAAGAAGUACCCUGGAGAACGACGCCAAGUGUCGAGUGGCAGGAUGGGGCAUGACGAGCCACGGUCCUACAGACAACUUGAAUGUUGUGACAGUGAAAGUGCUUAACAGAAACAAAUGUGCUCAGUUCUGGAAAACUCAGAAUGUUGUCAUCACAGAUAAAAUGCUGUGCACUGGGAGCUUUAAAACUGAAAACGGCUUUUGCAAGGGGGACUCUGGAGGUCCUUUAGUGUGUGGCUACAAGACCCAAGGAAUUGUUUCUUUUAAGCAUGAAAGUGGAUGCCGUUAUCCAGAUCUUCCCAAUGUCUACACGAGUGUAGCGGCGUAUGCAGACUGGAUCCAAGCCCAUCUAAGACGCUCUACUGAUGAUUAAACGUUUUUUGUUUUCUUUUCCAGAUUCAUUACAUACUUUUACAAUUCAACCAAAUCUUUAGAAUUAGACUCCGGGACUAAUGGGAGGGUACGUGGGAGAAAAAAAAUACACACCUAAUUCCCAUGAUUUAUUACUUUUGUUAUUUACUUUUGAUAUUUGGCGAGCACAAAUUUAUACAUAAUUAAUUGGAGAGGAGUAGUUUGUGUGCGACAGCAGGCAGUACCUUAAGUUUGAUAACAGCACACACAGUUCUCAC